UUUCCAAUUUGAUUCCUAUUUUUAUACAAAUAAUUUUUAUUUCACAUUCCUAAUCUCAUUCUUUCCAUAAUCUUUCUCUCCUUUCGUCUUCUCCAAUUCACAAACAAACCCUUUUGUAAUCCCUUCAUCUUCUUCUUCCUCACCACAAUCCAAACCCUUCAAAUAUCUUAAAAAUGGUGGGAUGCAAGUUGAUAAUAAAGAAGAAGAAGACGGGAGGCGGCGAUUGGCUGAGCACGCUUCUGCAUUGCGAGUUCUUCAGUUCUUGUAUUGAACAUCAGCAACUGAGAAAGAAUGAAAAGAACGUGUUUUGUAUCGAUUGUAAUCUUGAUUUUUGCCGGCACUGUGAAUCGGCUCACUGCCUCCACCGCCGCCUCCAGAUCUGUAAAUAUGUUUAUCAGGAUGUUGUUCGCCUUCAAGAUAUGCAGAAACACCUUGACUGCGCCAAAAUUCAGACCUAUAAAAUAAAUGGUGAAAAGGCGGUUCACUUGAGUCCUCGGCCUCAACUGAAAGAUGCAAAGCCCUCUACGAAAUCGAAGACGGGUGCCUCUUGUGAAGCUUGUGGGAGAUAUAUUCAAGACUUGCCGAAUCGUUUUUGUUCAAUCGCCUGCAAGGUAUAUGUGGUUUCAGUGAAGCCGAAAGAUCAAAGCCAUAAAAUUAUGACAUUCCCAAUUCAGGAAUGCAAUGAUCUUUCAUGGAAGAACAACUAUAAUUCAGAGAAUAGUUCAAGUGGUAAAGAAUCAUCUCUUUCUUUUACUGAUCCAUCUGAUGUGAGUCAAGCCGCAUGGAGAAAUUCAACAUUGAAGCCAAGGAAGCAAUUGCACAAGAGAAAAGGCAUCCCUCACAGAGCUCCUCUAUGUUGAAAUGAAAGUUCAACUGUUAAAGUUCAUUUUCUCCUCAAUAUCUCUUUAUUAUUCAUGUUCAAAAUCAAUAAAAACACAGUUAUAAUAAUCUACUAUAAAUGAUUCAGCAAGCGAAAAUCUUCUUUCGAUCUUUUAACUUAUCUCUUAAUUAAGAUUUAAAGUUUAGAUUUGAAUAGAAUCCUGAUCUGGGUCGACGAGAUAUGA